CCAGCGCAAAGACGGGCAGGGCGAAGCUAGACGAACAAAAAAAAAACAGAGAAAGAAAGAGAGAGGGGAGAGUCCAGCCAUGGGCUUUUUCACUGGGACCUCGAUCAGAAUUUGGAACGGGCAUCUUUCACGGAUUAUAAAUUAACGCGUUUUAAUGAAACGAUGGAUUGCGCCGUGUUCGGAUGAGUCGGGCCGGCGUCCGGAGAAGACCCAGCAAGCUUAAAACGGAGGAAGAGGAUCGUUCGCCAUGUCCCUGUCGACGGUGUUGGCCAAGGCCCUGUUUGAUAAUGUGGCAGAGAGCCCGGAGGAGCUGGCCUUUCGGAAGGGGGACAUCCUGAUGGUGCUGGAGCAGGAGGGUGGGGGUCCCGGCUGGUGGGUGUGUUCCCUGCACGGCCGCCAGGGCAUCGCCCCCGCAAACAGGCUCCGCCUCCUCAACACCGCCACCACACCCAGCCCCGCCCCCAGCGCAGAGCCCACUUCCUCGGUCUACCUCUCACCUUCCUCCUGCCCCGCCCCCAAUGCAGACUCCGUCCCCUCUGUGUACCUCUCCCCCCGCCCCUCCGCUGAGGAAUCUGUGUACCUCUCCCCUCCCAGUUUGGGUGGGGCAGGGCGUGGAGACGGGCUUCCCCGGGCCCGGUCCAGCUCGGCGUCCCGACCCCGCCCGGACUGGGACGUGGGUGUGACGGGGCGGGCCCGCUCGCCCUCUCUGAAGGGCCGAGGGUCUGAUGCGGGGGUCCCCAAACCCCAGACUGUGUACCAGACCCCGAACCCCCCUGUGCCCCGGGCGGGGCCGGGCUCUGAGGCGGUGUACCUGGCCCCCAGUGGGCUGCCCCGCCCUGUACCUGGAGACACUGGCACUCACUUGGGGCCCCGCGAGGCCCUGGGGGCGGGGCAUCCCGAGGGCUGCUACCUGGUGCCCCGCGUCUCUGCGAUGCCCAGUGAGGAUGUCUAUCAAACCCCCACAGGGGGCGUGGCUGCUGUAGGCCCCUCCCACACCCCUGCCACUGGCUGCCCCGCCUCUGAACUUUCCUGCCCCACAACCCGGAAGAACCACACCCAGCUGCCCUUGACGAACGGGGUGCCCCACAGGAAGGAGGGCGCAGGGCUCUACCAGACCCCCUCUCAACGAGGGGGGGUGCCCAGAACACCUCAGAGCGAUCAUAAACCCCCAGCCGAGCCUGCCUCGCCCUCGCUCAGACACACCCCCUCCUCCGGGUCACAGCCCAAAGGGGUCCCCGCUGUGCCCCCCAACGCUCGGGCCAAGCUUGCCCAGGCCUCCGUGAGGGGGUCCCCCCUCCUGCCCAGGACAGGGCUUGGCAGGGUGCAGGGCUCCCCAAACUUUGCACGCAAGCCUCCACCCCCUGCACCCCCAGUCAGGGGGGUCACCAAAAAGGACACGCCCACAUCCACACCCUCACCUGCAGGGCCCAGGGGUGGGGCCAGAGAGGGGGAGGGACCACAGGGGAGUGAAGUCAGUAAGGAGGAGAGGCAGAAGGAUAGAAGGGUGGAGGAGGAGAAGAAGAAGAAAACAAAGAAGAAAGUGGAGGAGGAGGGAGAGUAUGAAGAGCCAGAUGAUGAGAACAUCAACAACCAGGUUUAUGAUACACCUCCCACCAGUAGGUGGCAGCACACAGCAUCGCCAACCAUCUGUGUGGAUGACAGCAUCUAUAACACUCCUCGUGCCCACCCUGCAAACACUGACCAGGGUUUGGAGGUCUAUGAUGUCCCCACCCUUCCUCUCACCAUGACAUCAGACCUCCAGCAGCAGACCUACAGUAUCCCAGCCUGCCUUGCUGUAGGAGCGGAGGUGGAGGAGGAUGUGUACAGUGUGCCCUCCCUUCCAGGCGAUCUCUCAGCUAGCCCUGGGUUGGGGGAGGAGCCUGGCGAGCUGUACUCUGUCCCAGGUCCCACCCCCCGGGGCCCCCCCGGCUCCUGUGAUGUGCAGGUCCUACCGCAGGAGCCCCAGGAGGGGGCGGAGCCAGACGGCGGUAUUUAUGACAUGCCAGCACCCCCGACCUCUGCCCGCCGUUCCUCUGUCUCCAGCACCAGCUCUGGGGACGUCCAAUGGAGAUGCUCCCUCUCCGGCCUUAUCCAAUCAGCUCUCAGCUCCAUCUCGCUCACCGCGCCCCCACCACGGGAGCUGGCCGCCUCAUUGACCGAGAUCCUGUCAGUUUGGAAGGCGGGUCAGGAGGGCGACGCCCCGGCCCCGCCCCUUCUGCAGGCCUGGUCCCGCCUCUCUGACCUGCUGCCUGCUCUCGUUGCCUGUGGCCCCGCCCCUCCCUCUGAGGCCCUGCUCUCAUUGGUGCGUCGGGCCCUGGAGGACUCUGCCUCGCUGCUGCAGAUUCAGGCCACCCCCAGCAGGCCCCGCCUCCCUUCCCAGGAUUCCCUGUCUCGCCGGCCGCUGCCAGCGCUGCCUGUUGCCGAGGUGAAGCCGCUAAACGUGGGCAUGGGGGGGCGCAAGGGCAGCUGGAUCCAGGAGAGGCCCCUCCCGCCCCCGCCCCCUCCCUCCUUCCCCCUGCCCCCGCCCACUCUCGUCCCCACCAGUGGACAGGGGGAUGAGGAGGAGCUGGGAAACGAGUACGCAGGGAUUGGUCUGACCACAGCUCCACCCCCUUUCAAUGGAGGAGACAGUGUGGGAUACGUCAAGCUGCAGGGGAAACCUGACCCCUCCAUGGCCACUACAACAGAGAACGACUCCCCUCCAACUGACCCCCCUACAGCUGAGCAGCGGGCCAGUCCGUCUCCUCCUCUCCCUCUCUCUCUCUCUCUGGAGGACUCUGAGCUGCUCUCCUUCUACUCGUCCCAGAGUCUGUCUCACCUGUCCUGCCUGGCCGACUCCAUCGAUGCCCUCUUCACCAGUGUGCAGGGGAACCAGCCGCCCAGAGUCUUUGUUUCCCGGGGAAAGAGUUUGAUUGUGACGGCCCAUAAGCUGGUCUUCAUUGGGGACACCCUAUCCCGGCUCCUGACCUCCCCGGACCUCAGGGCUAAGGUCACCACCGCAGGAGGGCGGCUAUGUCAGGCUCUAAAAGCUGUCGUUGUGGCAACCAAGGGGGCAGCCCAGAAUUACCCAUCAGUCCCUGCCACGCAGGAAAUGGUGGACCGUGUGGCGGAGCUUUCCCAGCAUGCAGCAGGCUUCUCCGGGCUGCUGCAGCGACUGGCUGAGAUCUCCUGAAGCCUUCUGUUGUUUUGUUCACCGUGUGGCUGAAAGGUUGAGAACUGUGAUGGUACUGUUUAAACCAGUCUAAAUCAGUCAGAUUGUUUGUGUGUGUGUGUGUGUGUGUGUAUGCAUGUGUGUGUGUGUGUAUGGGUGUGUGUGUGUGUGUGUGUGCAUGUGUGUGUGUGUGUAUGGGUGUGUGUGUGUGUGUGUGUGUGUGCCUGUGUGUGUGUGUGUGUGUGUGUAUGGGUGUGUGUGUGUGUGUGCCUGUGUGUGUGUGUAUGCACGUGUGUGUUAACUGGUUGGCAGUAGCCAUUUUGCUGGGAUCCUAGCACACUUCAGCUGUCUUAGCAAGUUGUUGGAGGGCCCAUACUUUGGUGUUAUUCCCUAAUGUGAAUUCCUCUGUAUGUUCCUGUGAGUCUCAGAGUCUCAGAGUCUCAGAGUCUCAGAGUCUCAGAGUCUCAGAGUCUCAGAGUCUCAGACUGCUGUGGGUCUCAGAGUCUCAGACUGCUGUGGGUCUCAGAGUCUCAGACUGCUGUGGGUUUCAGAGUCUCAGACUGCUGUGAGUCUCAGAGUCUCAGACUGCUGUGAGUCUCAGGGUCUCAGAGUCUCAGACUGCUGUGAGUCUCAGGGUCUCAGAGUCUCAGACUGCUGUGAGUCUCAGAGUCUCAGACUGCUGUGGGUUUCAGAGUCUCAGACUGCUGUGAGUCUCAGAGUCUCAGAGUCUCAGACUGCUGUGAGUCUCAGGGUCUCAGGGUCUCAGACUGCUGUGAGUCUCAGGGUCUCAGAGUCUCAGACUGCUGUGGGUCUCAGAGUCUCAGAGUCUCAGACUGCUGUGAGUCUCAGGGUCUCAGAGUCUCAGACUGCUGUGAGUCUCAGGGUCUCAGAGUCUCAGACUGCUGUGAGUCUCAGGGUCUCAGAGUCUCAGACUGCUGUGAGUCUCAGGGUCUCAGAGUCUCAGACUGCUGUGAGUCUCAGGGUCUCAGAGUCUCAGACUGCUGUGGGUUUCAGAGUCUCAGACUGCUGUGAGUCUCCCAGCACCCGGUCAUGUGCUGCUGCACACCACUCUUUACACGCUGUGUGUACUAUUAUAAUUGGUGUUAUUGCUGUCACAUAUCUUGUGGAUUUGCCUUAAAAAUAAUAUAAAUAUGCCCCCUCCCCCUCGGAAUAAGGAAGCCCAUGGAGUUUCGACUUAGAGAGAGAGAGAGAGAGAGAGAGAGAGAGAAGGGAGGGAGGGAGGGAGGAACAGAGCGGGAGAGAAUAUGAGAUACAGGUAGUCUUUGAGCCUUUUUAUUUUCUUUCCCACGGUUGUGCCACUAAUUUAAAACCUGUCUGCCAAGUCCCCGUCUUCCUCCUUCCUUCUCUCUCUCACACACACACACACACACACACACACACUCACACACACUCAAACACACACACACACCCACCCACACACACACAGACCUGCAGCUGUCAGGUCUCAGCAUGACUUGAGUUCGGUGGUUGAUGUGGGAGUGGCUGGGCGGAAUGCCUCUCUCUGUACUAACUACCCUAAAACCUUCCCUCUCUCUGUACUAACUACCAUAAAACCCUCCCUCUCUGUACUAACUACCCUAAAACCCUCCCUCUCUGUACUAACUACCCUAAAACCCUCCCUCUCUGUACUAACUACCCUAAAACCCU